AUGGCAGUUUUUUCUUACCAGCAACAGCAUCCUGCUUCUGUUGUUGACGAGUUUCAGCUCGAUUCAAACACCAAUAUCGCAAGCGGAGCUUUGUUUUCUCCAAAUCUUCCAUAUGAAUGUCUCCAGGAGGGCCCUUUGCAUGCUGAAAGAAUCCUUGAAACUAUCCAUGCUGAUGACAACAGCAUUGCGAAAGUCCCUUUCAUGAGCACUAUAGACCACUCUUCAACGAUUGCAAGGCAUAAUUCAAGUUCGUCCAUGGUGGUUGAUCUUCAGUACUGCGAAGAAAAUCAAGUUAGUCAGGCGAUGACUCCAACAUUGUGGCAAUUGAGAAAGCACUCGUCGCCAGCCAUAAAGGUAAAAAGAGAAAGCAAAAGGCAGAAACUAAACCCAGACAGUUCUGUCUCAAGAAAUGCAAAGAGGGUAAGGCCAGCAAAAAAACAGAAGAAAGUUCCUGUUGAGCCUCCAACAGGCUACGUUCACGUCAGGGCAAGAAGGGGUGAAGCAACAGACAGUCAUAGCCUUGCUGAAAGGGUGAGAAGAGAGAAAAUCAGUACAAGGAUGAAGCUGCUGCAAUCUCUAGUUCCUGGAUGUGAUAAGAUAACUGGCAAGGCUCUCGUAUUGGAUGAGAUAAUCAAAUACGUUCAGUUUCUAAAAGAUCGAGUGCAGGUAAGAAUUAAUGAAGGCACUGCCUAA